CCCAGCAGAAAAGAUAAAGAAAAGUAAACAGCACAUGAGCAGUGUGGGCCUGUGAAGCAGUGAGCCACACUGACUUUGAGUCUUGCUGUGUUUUUGUAUUUUCUCACUGCGGCAUUCCCCCGACCUCCUGACAGAUUUCAACAUGCGGCCUCUGACAUCCUGGCAGCAGAUGAGGGACUCUGACUGGUCCAACCUGACCCUUCACCUGGAGGAGUCCUUAACUGGCGCUCUGGGUCACUUUCUUGACAACUGGAGGCAUAACAUGACGGCCGCCGCCAACGCUUUAGACAAGACACUGGCCGAGGAGAACUUCAGGGGUGUCGUCUGGUAUCUGGCCGUGAUGAUCGGCAUGUUAGCCUUCAUUCUUGUGGCCAUCCUGGUGAGCACGGUCAAGUCCAAGAGGAGGGAGCACUCGAAUGACCCGUACCACCAGUACAUCGAGGAGGACUGGACAGCUCAGAUACAGCAGGGUGGGGUGAUCAGUAACGUUGGAGUUUGAUUAUGCACGCAGAUGCUCAACUCACUGCAAAAACCAUCAGUAUCAUCAAUUAUUUAUCAUAUGCUGGUCAAAUUUGUAAUAAGAACAAUAAAGUCUA